ACGGCCUCCAGGACGGCCUCCAGGACGCCGUCGAGCCCCAGGGCGACGUGCUGCGCGACGCGGACCUCCACAUGGACUGGGCGCGCGCUGACGAGGCCAGCAAGAUCCUCAACCCGUACCGGGGCAGCCGCCACCCCGAGGUGCUGUGGCGCCGCGGCCGCGUGCUGUACCUGAAGGCCGAGGAGGCCAAGUCGAAGGGCGGCGACCGCGCGCGCCACGCCCGCCUGGUGCGCGAGGGCUUCGCCGCCGUGCAGCUGGCCCUGGAGCAGGACCCCGACUGCGGCAAGGCCCACCAGUGGAUGUCCGUGCUGCGCUACUCGCUGGCCGAGCUGGAGGGCACACUGGCCAGGCUCAAGAGCGUCGACAACAUCCGCGCCGACAUGGAGCGCGCCAUCCAGCUGCUGCCGGGCGAGGAUGUGCCGCGCACCAUGCUGGGGAUGUGGUUCUACGAGAUAUCCCAGCUCACGUGGCUGGAGCGGCAGGUGGUCCAGGCGGCCGGGCAGACGGUGCCCAAGCCCGACCACGCCCUGCGCCAGGCGGUGCACUGGUUCCACGAGGCGGAGCGCCUGCACCCCGCCAAAUCCUGCCUGAACCAGCUGAUGCUGGGCAAGGCCCUGCUGGCCGAGGACGACCCCGAGCGCGCGCGCGCCUGCAUCGAGAGGGCCGCCUCCAUCCCCCCCACCAGCAGCUCCAACGCCAAGGCGCAGCUGGAUGCCAGGCAGCUGCUGGAGUGCUGGAAGCAGUGACAUCCGUCUUGUCGCGAUCCUCCCGACGAUACCCCUGCGUCCCGGAGCGACGCGGCACCGUGCCGCGCCACGCCGAGCCACGCCACGCCGCGCCACGCGUCACGCUCCGGAGAUGAAGCCUCAAGCACGCGUGCUCUGUCACGUGGCGAGCGUCCUUGUCGCACCGCGUCAGUCACGCACACAGCCGUCCCUGCCGCCGCCCCACGGCGAUAGUUAGUACCUUAGGAGUAAUUUAAUUAGUUUGUAAAUAUGUAUGUAUAAAGUAUGAAAUAAAUAAAGUGACUGUGUUCGGA